AUGGACGAAGGCGGGGGGUUAAACGCCUCAACCGAGGACGAUGAGAAUUCAACCUACGAGAAUGAAGAGCAUUUGGAGGAUACAGAUGAUGCUGGUCCCUCAAAUGGGAUCCAUUCUCAGGUGGGUGAUAAUUCUUCAUCGCCCUCGGUUAAGAGUGGAACAACUCGGCUUCGAAAAUACACAGAGGGCUCAUCUCUCACUGGACCUUGGGUGGUUUUCAUCCGGCCCAAAGUGAAUGGUAAGCAACUAAAUGUGGUACAGAUCACCAAAGAUCUGGCGAGGUGGCCCUCUGUAUCUAGUAUUACUAAAGUACGUCCGAACAAGCUGCGCGUUGUUGUGGCUGACCGGAAAGCCGCAAAUGAAAUUGUAGCCAGCAAUUUCAUUAACCUUGAGUACCGUGUUUACAUCCCGUCUCGAGACGUAGAGAUCGAGGGCGUGAUCACAGAGAUGAGUCUCAAGGAGGAGUACAUUAAAUCCAACGGCGUUGAGUACGAAGGCAAAAUAGCUGAUCUACAGCAACCCAAUUCAUUUGAUAAAGAUUGUGCGCGAGUGGACAAAUCGGAUACGCUCGAGAGAACCGCAUUGGUAGCCGAUAGAGAAGUCCAGCCCGUUGCGCCCAAGAUAUCUGUGCCGAAACACUCCACGGUCAGAUCACUGCCAUCACCAGCCGAACCACCCCGAGAGAAACCAAACAGGCUGAUUAGAGCUCAAACGGGAAAGUUCACCAGCCACGAACUAACCCGCCUUUCGUCCGAGCCCAGCCACGUGCGAGGUAGUCCGGAGGUCGUAAGAAAACCGAUCAAGCCCGUAUCGGUCCGCCAAACAGCAACUAAGUCUUCAUCUUCGCCACAUUCCCGCCAGUACGCCAGCCAGCCACCAGGAGUCCAUCGCCGCCGCCCUCACAAGCCCCAGGUCCGCCAACGGAGGUCAUCCAAAUCGAUCCGGAUUGUGACACGUAUCAUCAUGAGCACCGCCGAGAAGAAACACCUGAAAAAGGAACUGAAGCGGAAGAACCUACUGGAUGCUAUCAACCGUGUUGAGGACUUCCUGAAGCGUUACGACGAGGACCGAGAUAUUUACGAGGUUAAACUACGUCUGGACAAGUUGGAUAAACUCAUGGAAACCUUCGAGGAAAUUCAAGGCGAGUAUGAAGAAAUGGAUGAUUCCCCACAAUUUAUUUCGGCAAACUCUGUUGUACGGGCAAAGGUAGAGGAACAAUAUUUUCGGGUAAAAGGUGGUUUGGUGUCGAAGCUCCCUGUGUCGGUUGUUGAUCCUCAAAAUUCAAUUUCCAUGCAACCAAUUCCCCAUGUUUCAAAUAUGAGACUUCCAACAAUUUCGCUUCCAAGCUUUGAUGGCGAUUUGAAUGAUUGGCUGACUUUCCAUGACUCAUUCAUAUCCCUCAUUCACACAUCAGCUGAGAUUCCUAACAUUCAAAAAUUUCAAUACUUACGUUCUGCCUUGAAAGGAGAUGCACUGCAACUUAUCGAAUCACUCACUAUCAGUGCCAACAACUAUGUCGUGGCUUGGGAAUCGCUUGUUAAUCGGUACUCCAAUAAAUAUUUGCUCAAGAAAAAGCAUUUGCAAGCAAUCACUGGGCAAUCUAAAACUUUCGGAAAGAAUGCUGGAAAUCUUCGAGCCGUGGUAGAAGAGUUUCAGCGUCAUGUUAAAAUUUUAAAACAACUUGAUGAACCUACGGAAUCCUGGAGUAGUUUGUUGGUCCAAUUACUUUGUUCACGAGUUGAUGACCAGACGCAAAGAGAUUGGGAGGAAUUCGUAUCGGGCGGGGAGGAACCCACUUACACCGUUCUUAUUGAAUUUCUCACUCGGAAAAUUCGGACACUCGAAUCUUUGUCGAUUAACUCAGAACAAACAGUUGAUAAAAAGGCAAAAUUUAUUUCGGUAGAUAAAAGGCAAAAACACAUACCAAAUUCACGGAUCAACACUUACGCUAGUACGGAUGGUUUUCAUGCAGGUUGUUUAGCAUGCAAACAGUAUCAUGCACUCUUCCAAUGUCCAGUUUUUGAAAAAAUGUCGCUUUCUGAUCGUCUGAACUUGGUCAACGAAAAGAAAAUUUGCAGCAACUGUUUUCGCAAUGAUCACUUUGCACGUAAAUGCACGUCCAAAUACACAUGUCGUAUUUGUCGAAAGCGACACCAUUCACUGUUGCACCCCGGAUUUGAAUCACCUGGAACACCGAACACAAAUAGCAACAUCCAAUCUCCUCCAACUUCUAGUGGCCAAACUGCAGCAGUAUCCUUGAAUUCGGUCGGAAUUUCCCAAGCAGCAGACGUUCUCCUAUCCACGGUGGUAGUUCACGUACUAGAUGGAAAUGGCGGUUUACACUUUGCGCGCGCGCUUUUGGAUUCGGGCUCCCAAUGUAAUAUUAUGAGUGAACAACUGAGCAACAAACUUCGGUUACCCAAAACCCCCAUCGAUAGCCCCAUAUUCGGUGUGGGUGAGUCCCAAAUUCGAGCAGUUUGUUCUGUUUCAACUACAGUCAAAUCCAGAUUCAAUUAUUUCUCGUUCCCAUUGGACUGUAUAGUUUUACGCAAUCUAACAUCUCAUCUCCCAUCCACCACUACUCCGAAGACCUCGUGGAAGAUCCCAAACAAUGUUGAUCUCGCAGAUCCCAACUUCAAUGUAAGGCAGAAGGUCGAUUUGAUUAUCGGAGCCGAAUAUUUUUACUCGUUCCUGAAAGGUGGCCGGAUAGAACUCGGAAGUCCAUCCGCGGUGUUAGUAGAGACUGUAUUUGGUUGGUUAGUCUCAGGAAAAUCGACAUCGCAAGAAGAAAAUCCCAAUAUUACAUGCCACAUUUCAACCCUCGAAUCUAUUGAUCAGACCCUCCAACAAUUUUGGAAAAUUGAAAGUCUGGAUUCAGUAAUUUUGUCUCCAGCUCAACAAUACUGUGAAAAAUUCUACAGCGACACGGUUACCAGAAAUGAUUCGGGACGCUAUGUCGUUAAAUAUCCCAAAAAGGAAGGCAUUUCUAAAAUGUUAGGCAAUUCAUUUGGAAAUGCUACUCGUCGUUUUUUGAACCUUGAAAGAAAACUUGAUCGGAAUGUUGACCUCAAACUUAAAUACCACACAUUUCUGGAGGAAUUUCUGCAAUUGGGCCACAUGCGCAAAUUAGAGUCUGACGAUGUUGAUCCACCCACUACUUUCUAUCUUCCGCAUCACGCUGUAAUGAAAGAAUCAAGUACGACGACAAAACUUCGCUGCGUAUUUGAUGCUUCAGCUAAGACAAACACAGGGUUUUCUCUAAAUGAUACGCUCUUGGUUGGACCUGUGCUCCAAGACGAGCUCAUUUGCCUACUAAUUCGAUUUCGGAAACACAAGAUUGCCCUUCUCGCUGAUAUUGAGAAGAUGUAUAGGCAGAUUGAUAUCCACCCCGAAGACCGAGCUCUCCAAAGAAUCGUGUGGCGUUUUGAUAAACAAGAACCCAUAUCCAAAUUUGAGUUGACCACUGUUACGUAUGGUCUAGCCCCAUCUUCCUUCCUUGCCACCCGGACUCUCAAGCAACUCGCCGACGACGAAGGCCACUCAUUUCCACUUGCUGCUCGAGCCCUCGUUGAAGACAUGUACAUGGAUGACUUCAUCAGUGGGGCAGCAACCAUCGCACAGGCCACACAGCUGCGUAGGCAAAUGGAUGAGUUAACAUCGAGAGGAGGUUUUCCACUGCGAAAAUGGUGCUCUAAUGCAAAUCAAGUCUUAGAAGGGAUUGCGCCGGAAAUUCUUGCUACCCAAACCAUCCGCAAAUUUGAUCCGGAAGAAACAAUUAAAAUUUUGGGAAUAUCUUGGGAACCGCUGACUGACAAAUUUAGAUUUGAAUUUUACCCUCAAAUGAACAAUGGACCCAUAACAAAACGGAACAUGCUCUCUAAUAUCGCUCGAUUAUAUGACCCUCUCGGAUUUGUUGCCCCUAUAAUAGUUCGUGCAAAGGUUAUGCUACAACAAAUAUGGACUUUGUCUUUGGACUGGGAUGAUGAAGUGCCUCUUGAAUUACAAAAUUCCUGGACUAGAUAUUUGGAAGAAUUGCCUUUUUUAUCAAAUUUAAGAAUUGAUCGACAUGCAUUAUUUGACAAAAAUAUUGAACUGCAUAGCUUCGCUGAUGCAUCGGAAACUGCCUAUGGUGCCUGCGUUUACGGCAGAUCAAUCGGGCCUAAUGGAGAGGUGAAAGUUUCGUUACUAGCAGCUAAAUCUAGGGUAGCUCCUCUUCAGAAAAGAAGUAUCCCCCGACUCGAGCUAUGUGCUGCAUACGAUGCAGCUAAACUACACAAGAAAGUUCACGAUGCCCUUAAACUAAAUAUUUCCUCGUCAAGAUUCUGGUCCGAUUCGAUGGUUGUCCUCCACUGGAUUAGAUCUCCCGCUAGCAAUUGGAAAACGUUUAUUGCUAACCGAGUAGCAGAAAUCCAACAACUCUCCCAUGGCUCGAAUUGGUAUCACGUUCCUGGUUCAAGUAAUCCUGCAGAUUUGGUGUCCCGAGGAGUUUCGGUCGAUCAACUUUUAACAAGCGAUCUUUGGACGAAAGGACCGUCCUGGUUGCAUCAGGGGGAAGAAAACUGGCCAUCACAAGGUUUCUCCAUGCCCGACUUGUCCGAUCAACUUCUAGAACGAAAACUGACUACUCUGGUUGCCCAAGCUCCACCACCACCUAGCCCAAUAAUUACCCGAUUUUCCUCUUAUCAUCGCAUGGUCCGAGUUAUUGCCUAUUGUUUCCGAUUUGCCCAACUCACCAGAGAGAAAACCCGAUCCGAAUCAUUAUCAUUAUCUGUGCAAGAGUUGGAGAGGGCCAAAUUUGCACUGAUAGCAAUUGUACAACAUGAGUGUUACGAUGAAGAGAUACGCCGUCUGAAAAAGGGAGAAUUUGUAUCCAAUAAAUCCAGCCUCAAGUUACUCAACCCAUUCCUCGACCCUUCUGGCAUUGUUCGAGUGGGUGGCCGGCUCAAGAACUCUCGAGAACCGUUCGAGAAAAAACACCCCAUACUUCUACCUGGUUUCCACCACUUCAGCCGGUUACUGAUAAUGAGUUAUCAUCGAAGAUUAGUCCACGGAGGGAUCUCACUCACAUUGGCCACAAUUCGAUCUGAGUAUUGGCCGAUAAAUGGAAGGAGAGCAGUAAGGAGUGUUCUAAGAUCUUGUUUUCGAUGCGCCCGCGUCGAUCCCCAACCAAUAAACCAACCCGUUGGUCAAUUACCAUCCCCUCGCAUUACCCCUGGUCGUCCGUUUCUCGCUACUGGUAUUGACUACUGUGGACCAGUCUUUAUCAAAUCUCCAAACCGUCGAGCUGGUCCAACAAAAGGCUACGUAGCUUUAUUCGUAUGUUUCCACACCAAGGCGGUGCAUAUAGAAUUAGUGGGAAACUUAACAACCGACGCAUUUUUGGCAGCCUUACGAAGAUUUAUGUCCCGUCGUGGUUAUCCUCAGCACAUUUAUUCUGAUAAUGCGACGAAUUUCUGUGGAGCAAAGUCCGAAUUGAACGCUUUAUUUAAAAUGUUCCACAACCGUGCUGACGUCGAAAACAUUCAAAGUAGUCUUGCUGCAGUUAGGAUUGUUUGGCAUUUGAUACCGCCCAGAGCUCCCAACUUUGGCGGACUUUGGGAGGCUGCGGUUAAGGUCGCCAAGAAACACCUUCUACGACAAGUGGGCAGCUCUUCGCUCUAUUACGAAGACCUGGUAACGACGCUGGCUCAGAUAGAGGCAUGUAUGAAUUCCCGACCACUGUGCCCUCUAUCUGAUGAUCCGAACGAUUUUGAGGCUUUGACACCAGGACAUUUCCUGAUAGGAGCUCCAAUGAUGACUCUGCCUGAUCCUGACUACAAGGAGGUUCCUAUGAAUCGACUUGGGAGGUACGAACUGAUCCAACAAAGGACUCAACACUUCUGGAAUCGUUGGACCAACGAAUAUCUUGUGGAAUUGCAUCGCUACACGACUACGGACCCGAAAAAGGUUACCCUGAAGGUUGGUCAAAUAGUUAUUCUUCGUGACCAAUUGCUGCCGCCUGUACGAUGGCCGUUGGCCCGCAUUGAAUCACUUCAUCCUGGAGAAGACGGAAUCACGCGAGUUGUGACAAUUCGCACUGCAGCUGGAAACUUCAAGCGUUCGGUAGCCAUGAUAUGUCCGCUACCAUUCGAAGAAGAGUUUUCAUCGAGCGACGAUGCAACUAACUUCAAGGAUAAAAGUGAUGAAUGA